AUGACUCAACUGGAUCGUUUGCCAACUGAAUUGUUUUAUGACGUAUUGAAAUAUUUUUGGGCGCAUGAAGCUCUUCAUUCAUUUUCUAAUCUUAACGAUCGCAUUGAUGCAAUUUUAAAAUCUUAUUCCACAUAUCGAAUCAAUUGUCGGUCCAUCAGAAAAUCAGCUUUUCAUCAUAUUUGUGAAUGGAUUUCACCCGAGCAAGUCAUUUCAUUGAUACUUUCUGACAAAAAUGACACACUUGGUCAAUCACAAUUAUUCCUAUCUUAUUUUCGGAUUAAACAAUUUAUAAAUCUUCGAUCGAUCUCAUUAAUUGAAAUCAACUAUAAAUCAUUAUGCGAAAUUUUACCUAGUUUAUCUCAAUUGAAACAAUUGCAGGCCAUUUCGCUUGAUGACUUCGGCGGGAAAGAAAUUCAUAUUGAUUCUAGGGAUAAUGGACGAACAUCACGCAUGGACAUCUAUUCUUCUUCACAUAAGUUUUGUGCUGAAAUAUUUCUUCGACUUAGAUAUUUAUGUACAAACUAUUCAGAAGUAUUAACAACGAUGCGUUUUCCAAAUCUACUUCACUUAAAACUAAAUUCCGGAACAUUAAUGUCUAAUGUGAACAAAAUUUUUCAGCAUGCUCCUCAACUUCAAUCUGUUACUCUUUCCCUCAGCAACCUGUAUGAUUUUACUGGAGGUCAACCAUGUUAUUCAUUGAAACAACUUAGUGUAACAAGUGCCGGUAAGUACGAAAAUAGCAUAUUUUCAUCAGAAUUUAAACCGCUCAUCGAAAAGCGUCGCGAGCCACUGUGUAAAACGGAACAUCUGUUUGUAGGUGUAACAAUGUCACUCAAUGAAAUUGGACAAUUCUUACGGAAUUUUCCGAAUUUAACUCAUUUUGAAGUAAAAAUCUUGCAUCAAGAUGUUGAUAUGACUAUGGCUACUGGAUAUUAUUGGCAAACGAUUACCCAAUCGUUGUCCUCAUUCAGUUUUAAAUUUCGUUUACAAAGCGAAAUGUAUGUGAAUUCGUUUCGAACGCCUUUCUGGGUUGAAGAAAAACGUUGGUUUGUCGCUUAUCAUGACCGAUAUCUAUUUACAAUUUCUGACUUCGGUUUACCGUAUGCGAACAUAUCAUCCGAUUCAUUUCUAUACUCAACAGUACCCAAUCAUCCAAUUCUCUAUAGACCUCGAAGCUCAAUCGUUCAUGGAAGAGCAUCUCUGACCCAUAACUUUCGAUUUAA